AUGGAUUUGGAUGACGCCGACAAUGAGCCCUGCAUGGAAGAACAAGCACCAUUGUCACUCAAGCAAACCACAACUUCCUGCCUUAUUUCAUCCAGAUCCACUAAGCCUCGCAAAAUAAAUUCAUCUACGGUUCAAACUUGCGCUGUACCAUGGGCCAAACAAACCAACGAACGCUUCACUCUUUUGCUACUUGUCAUUAUCAAAGAUCCAGAAGAAGACAGCAACAAGAGCCACAUUGACUCGUCGUUGGAUGCUGGAUUAAACAAUGACAUUGCCAAUGAGCGAUCAACUCGUCUUGCCAAAGCUGACGCCAUUUGGGUCAAGAAGGCCAAGGAGAUCUUGGCCAAGAAGUUGAAUUCCAACAAGAUGAUCAAGGCCGAGAGGUUCAGGUGGGGGAAAAAUGCAAGGGCCAGAAGAAGCAAGGGCCAGAAGAAAGAAAUGUCUGAAAAGGAGAUCGAUUUUGAACCAACCUUUCUUUAUUGA